UCCAUCAGUGCCAUCAUUGACUAUCACCGACUCAUUGGAGAUAUUCCGCUGUCGUUUGGCGGCUUUGACCGAGACAUUCGUAUCUGAACGCACUGAACAUCAACACAUCAUUCGACAUGCCAUCACGAGCGGGUCGGCCCUCAAGGCCAGCCAUGUACAACACACCUCAUAUCCGGAACGGCGGCUUCGGGGCGUUGCAAGUGGAAGCUAUCACCAACAGACCGCUCUCUAUCGCCCGGCGACACCUUGCAGCCAGCCAGCUGCGGAUGCGGGAUAUUGAGCCGGAUGAGCUGAGCUCGAGCGAGUGGGUACGCUUCCUCGUUAUGCAGGAGAACGAGCGCGAGCGGUGGAUGGCUGAGUUCCGAAGGCGGAGAAGGAACAGCGACGAGAGCAGCAGUAGCAGUGCAGAUGCAGACAAUGACGCCGAUGUCGCUUACGACAAAGCGGAGGAGGCAAGACAGGAAGCUGAAGAGGCACGUAGAGUGGAGAGGGCGGAACGGAGUACGGCUGUUGGCGAGACAUCAUCGCGAUCAACGGCAGCGCCUGUGGGUACGACACCUCCUGUCAGUCUAUGGGUCAGGCAAUUUGACGAGGACGAGGAGAGGCGAGCUCGCGGACGGCCUACGAGUCCCGUCUACAGCGCCAUGCGGCCUAUGCAUCUCAGGCGCGCGGUUACCGAUGGUAUCGUUGAAGCACCGCCGACUUACGAAAGUGCCGUACGUGCGCGAACGCCGCCGCCUGCCUAUGUCCCAAGAGAGGAUGAUGGUUCGAGAUGACCACUAUCUCCAUGACGGAGCAUCUCACAUCCAUUGACCGAUGCUUUCGACGCCAUCGCAGUGACGGCUCUGACAUUGUUCCCUUUCAUUAGAAUACUUAUCUCCACCUAAGCGGAUUGACACAGAUGCUCAGGUUAGGGCCGGCGCUGCAUAGAGUGCAAAGGAUGGCGUCACAGCCGGAGGCGACUCUUCGGCGGCAUUCAUGGGCACCGGACCGCUUGCGGCAUUGCAGCCUUCAUAUAGGUCUUCGAAAACAUCCUCCCAUAUAACUUUUGGCUAAGGAAUGCUCAACUCGACCUCGGUAUCAAUGGCCAUGUGGUGAGGAUAAUGAAGGACAUUACGAUAACUCCGUGGCCGCGUGCUGCAACUUUGCAUGGUGAGAAGCUCCAUUGAAACUUGCGCUUGGAUAGCUGAAAGUUC